UGCCGCGACAGGCACCGCCUCGGCGUGGGGCGGGAUAACGCUGCGGCGCGGGGUUCGGAACGGGUCGGCCUGCGGGCGCCAUGCGGAACCGCGCGGAGGUAGACGCGACGCUGCAGACGGCCAAGGUGAACCCGGCGGAGCUGCUGCCGGUAGUACAUUGCCUCAGCUUCGGGCCGCAGGCGGCCGCCGGAGGGUGCUGCCUGCUGCAGCUGGAGCCGGGCCUCUGCGCAGAGAUCGAGGCGGGAUGCAGCCUAGUAAUCCGUGGUGAAAAGGAUGAAAAAGCAGUGUUGUGCAGCAAAGAUAAAACCUAUGACAUGAAAAUAGCAGAUACCUCAAAUAUGCUGCUGUUUGUUCCUGGUUGCAAAACUCCAGAACAGCUGAAUGCAGAUCAAGCAUCUUGUAAUAUUAUUCAUUCACAGAUUGCUGGUUUCUCCAAUAACUAUUGGGAAUUAAGGAGAUGCCGACCAAAACUGAAGAAACUGAGAAAGCUUUUAAUGGAAGAUCCCUAUGGAGGGCCAGAUAGUCAGAAGGAUCAGGCUUCGACCUUUUCAAAGUAUACAACAGAAGAUUUGUUAAGUCUGAUUCAAGCAAGCGAAGAAGAAAUACUGCACCAUUUGCAGGUGAUAGAUGCCUGCAAAAUUGAAGGAUAUUGGAGAAUUCUGGAAUUUGACUAUGAGAUGAAACUCUUGAAUCAUGUGAUUCAGCUAAUAGACUCGGAGUCCUGGUCUUUAAAGAAGGUUCCUUUACGUACCUGCCUUGAGGAACUUGGAUCUCUAGAGCCCACAUCGAUGAUAGAACACAUUCUUCUAAGCUAUGGAAGGAGAUAUUUUGACGAUGCAGGGGAGGUUUACUUUGAGAUGCAUGAAGAUAAAAUAUGCAGAGCUAUAGCACAAAUGCUUUUGCAAAAUGCAGUUAAAUUCAAUUUAUCAGAGUUUCAAGAAGUCUGGCAACAAAGUGUCCCUGAAGGGAUGACAACAAGGCUUGAUCAGCUUCAGGGCUUGGCUCUUGUGGAUAGAAGCUCAAGACCAGAGACCAUCUUCCUGCUAAAAGUAGAAGACUUACCUGAAGGAAAUCAGGAAAGAUUCAACAGCUUAUUCAGCAUACGGGAAAAGUGGACAGAACCGGAUAUUGCCCCUUAUAUACAGGACUUGUGUGCAGAGAAGCAGACCGCUGGGGUUCUUCUGACAAAAUAUGCUCGUUGCUCAAUGCAGAAUGGUGUUAAAGUUUAUAAUUCUAGAAGACCCAUCUCCUAACAAGUACAGUUUUAAGAACUGAGAAUUCUGAAUGAAGUAACAGCUUAUGUUACUUGUUGUUACCUCCUGGGGAAAGGAGUUGUCAACCAAUAUCAUACAAUGUUCUUGAGUUUAAGCAGCUAAACUUCUUGAAUGAAUUCUGCUUUCUGCUCAGCUAAGUAGAAUGUGAGGGCAUUUGCCUCUUCUGAGAAACUACAGUGUCAGCAGCCUUUGCCCUCUCCUUCCCUUGUUUCCCCUUCUGUUUCCUUUCUGUCUGUAGUUAUGCCAGGAGUUGAACUACUUAUAUAUACUUCAGUUGUCUAUCAC